AUGGUUUCUGAACACAAUUGCAGACUUUGGUGCCAUCACUACCCGUAUCCAGAACCAAAAGAAUAUGUUUCCGGCAAUAUAUAUGGUCCAAGACAGCUGAUAAGCCAUGUUGGAGGAUUGGUCACAAUCAAAUGCUACUAUUUAACCACAACGGCCAAUAAACAUGACAGGAAAUAUUGGUGCAAAGAAUCAGAACGCUCCAGAAAUUGCCAAACUCUUAUUUCUACUACUGGUUUCAUCCAUGAAAAUUACAAAACAAGAGUAUCGAUGGAGGAUAUCAAUCAGAAUGGGAUUUUGUUAGUGACAAUGAGGCAGCUGGAGAAGAAUGACUCUGGUAGAUACAGAUGUGGCAUUGGCAAGAGCAACAACAUUGGCUUAUAUUAUGGAAUGGAUCUAAACAUUUCGGAAGGUCGUAAUUUGCCUAAAUCACCAGAAAUUUUUUUGGGGAAAGUCAGCGGAUCAGUGGCAAUAAAGUGUUCGUCUGAAAGUCACAAGUUGAGCGAUAGGAGGUUUUUGUGCAAACUGGGGAGAACUGGCUGUUCUCUCAUUGCAGAUCCCAACAGGAACACAAGUAGAUUUGUUUUCACUGCUGAAGAUAGCUCAGGAAAUUUCCAAGUCUUCAUAAAUCGACUGAGAAAAGAAGACUCAGGAAUGUAUAAGUGUGGGACAGGAACUCCUGAAAGUAUGAGAGCCAAGCAACUGCUGGUUACAGAGGAAUCGGUCUUCUCCAAUAUCUUAAGUUAUGCACAACCUACUUAUGAGCCUCAAACAAGCUUGGCUUCCUCCCAAAGUUAUGUGACAAAUGAAUUCUACAAGGACAGCUCUUCACAAGCCAAACCAAAUCUACUUUUGAUUGUGAUGCCAGUUCUUCUUGUUGCUCUGGUACUUGCUGUCAUUGUUAUCGCAGUAUUUGUUAAAGUAAAGCAGCGAAAGAAAUAUGAUCCAAGGGAUGUUGACGCAAGAAAUCCUGAAGUAGUAAUGGAAUUAAUUGAACAAAAAUGUAAAGGAGAGCAUCCCAAAGAAGAAAACAGAGGCCCAGGUGAACAAGUAUAUGCUGUGGGGCCCACUAAAGAUCCAAGUGAUGUUGAUGCAAGAAAUCCUGAAGUAGCAAUACCAUUAACUGAGCAAAAAUGUCCAGGAGAGCAUCCCAAAGAAGAAAACAGAGGCUCAGAUGAAGAAGGAUCUGCUGUGGGGCCCUAUGAAGUUUCAGCCUCACGCACCAUGUUUGGACCAAGACAGGUGACAGGAUUGCUGCAAGGUUCUGUCACUGUGAAAUGCUUCUACCCUGCCACUAGGGUAAACAGACAUGACAGGAAGUACUGGUGCAAGGAAUCAACAAGGCAUUGUUCAACCAUAGUUUCUUCAAAUGGCUAUAUUUCAAGAGAACAUGAAGGCAGAGCCACGAUAACCGACUUUCCAAAUAAUGGCAUAUUCAUCAUUGAGAUUUCAGGGCUGAGGAGAAGCGACAUGGGAACAUACAAAUGUGGCAUUGGUAACAAUGAUAAACUGUUCUUUAGAGUCAAACUGGAUGUUUCUGAAGAUUCAGUAGUGCCUGAAGAAGCUCAACUCUUCUACAUUCAGCAGCAUGGAGCAGUGACUAUACCAUGUGCUUUCGGCAGUCAGUAUGGCACUGAAAGGAAGUACCUGUGUCGGAUGAUGAAGACCCAGUGCUCCACUGUCAUUGACACCUAUGGAAAUGUUGACCCAUCCUACAAAGGAAGAGUUCUGUUGGACCAUGCCGAGUUUCCUGGAUCAUUCAAUGUUUUAAUGACCCAGCUAAAGAGGCAAGAUUCAGGACUGUACCUGUGUGGAGCUGGGCAGUAUGGGGAAUCUGGAGAAUCCAAGGAAUUGAAUAUACAUGUCUAUGAAGAGCCAUCGCUGCCCGAAGGAAAUGUUGAACAACCUCUACUAAAGGGAGUCCCGACUGGUUCUGUGUCCAUCGAAUGUUACUACGACCCAAAAGGAAAUGUCACAGUGAAAUACUUAUGCAAGUGGAGACAAUACGGAUGCACUCAAUUAAUAAACAACUUGGGGGAUAUGCCAGGUUCCUAUGAGGGAAGGAUAGUGAUGCACGAUAACCCAGAAAAUGGCACUUUUACUGUCAUAUUGAACCAACUGCAGGAGAAUGAUGCAGGAUACUACUGGUGUUUGACAGACGGAGAACAGGAAAAGAAGUCAACAACAGAGCUAAAGAUUAUAGAAGGGCAGCCCAGUUUAAGAGGAGCGAAGGAAAUCAACGUUGUUGCUGGCUCUCCUUUGUCCCUGACAUGCUCUUAUCCAUGCAAAUAUUAUAGCUAUAGUAAAUACUGGUGCAAGUGGAAGAAUACUGCAUGCGAUCCUCUCAUCUCACAUGAACAAAACCAAACUGGCUUGGUAGUUAGCUGCGAUCAAGACAGUAGAAUUUUGUCUUUGAAUUUUGACCAGGUGACACUGACGGAUCAAGGGUGGUAUUGGUGUGGAGUAAACCAUGAAGGUCAUUAUGGGGAAACCAUGGCAGUAUAUCUGAGAAUACAAGGAGUAUUUCAGGGCUCUGAUGAAGCUCCCAAUGCAGAAUUCAACAAUGAUGUUGAUAUUUCCAGGAUAGACUCUCGCUUAAGCAAACCCAAGAUAGCAGCUGGAGUUGAAAGUCCAACAGAGAGCCCUGCAGAAGAUAAUUCCAAAGUUCUUCUCUCAGUUUUGAUCCCAAUUGGAGUUGUUUUUCUGCUUCUUGCCACUACCUUUGCUUUUGUUAAGUUCAGGUUUUUCAAGAUUUCAGAUCGGGUUUCAGUUUCUAGCUACAGGACAAACAUCAGCAUGACAGACUUUGAGAAUGCGAGCCAGUGUGGAGCAAAGGACAAUGCAUGUAUGGAAGAAUCUCAUGAGACUCAACUAGGGGGGAUGAACGAAUAUAAAUCUACCACCGGGAGUCCCAAGGAAGCACCAAAGAUAACAAAAAGGGGCUCCAAAGAGGAAGUUGAGAUGGCAUAUACCACCUUUCUGCUUAAUUCAGAGAACAUUUCUGCUACAAGAAGCUCCCAGGAACAGUAA